AUGUCUUCUGUAGAUUUCUCUGAAAAAAAUCUCGUGUUUAUAACGGGAUCAUCCAGAGGUAUUGGAAGAGCAAUAGCAAUAGAAUUAGCUAAAGUUGUCCAUCCCCAAUCUGCUCUUGUUUUGAUUGCCUCAUCAGCAUCUGGUUUAGAAGAAACCAAAUCCCUUGUUUUGAAAGUGCAGAAUACAUUGAAUGUUGUUACUUACCCUAUGAAUUUGUCUGAACCAGCACAAGACACUUAUGAAAAAUUGUUCGACUCUGUUAUUUCAAAAGUGGAUGUCUCGAACCUCAAAUACUCUAUUUUUAUUCAUAAUGCUGGAACUAUAGGUUCUUUACUGAAGACCUUAGAUUUGAAUGAUGUGGAAUUGUGGAGAAAACAUUUUGAUUUGAAUCUUUUAUCAGCGAUUUCCCUAAACUCCAAAUUCGUGACCAAGACUAAAACUCUGGCGGAAAAAUUGGUAGUGGUUAACAUAACCUCUCUGUGUGGUCGGGUGCCCUUCGUCAAUAUGUCCAUGUAUGGCUCUUGCAAGGCAGCCAGAGAACUGUUCUUCAGAGUUUUCGCUUUAGAAGAGCAGGAUAUACUCGUUUUGAACUACUCUCCUGGGCCUGUCGCAACUGAUAUGUUCGAUACCAUAAUUGAAACGGCCCAAGAUGACAACGUGAAAAAGACGUUCAAGGAAACUAAAGAGACAUGUAUAUUGACACCCCAGAAAACUGUUGAGAUGUUAUUAGACAUCCUCAAGAAGGGAGAUUACACGAGUGGAGAAACGAUUGAUUAUUUCGAUAGGGCCGCUUAAUAAGGAUAUCUGUUUUCAUAACAGAAGUUUAAUUAUUAUUAAAAUGGGGGGUUUUGGAGUAGAAAUGUAUUUUCAUAGAUAUUAAGUGGUUAUCGGUUGAAAUAUAAUUGGUUGAGGCAGCUCUCCUUUUAAAAGUAAAAUAUUAUAAUACAUGGAUUAAUGUGAGGUUAAGUCCUAUCUUUUUUGGCUUUAUUUCAAAGUGAUUUGAAGUUAUCUGGAUUAUGAAAAAGUUAAACAGUCCCUCUUUACUAAAAUGAAAUGGUAUGCAGGAUGUUUCAUAUCCACUAGAACCGAAUGAUAUUUUUUCAUGAAAAUUGCUGAUGAUGACAAAUGGCCUAGAUUUAUUCAACAAAAAACAGAGUCAUUUUGGUGAUACUUUGUCAUUUUAAUUGGGACACCUACAUUUUGGACCAAAUUUUAACUACGGUUCAGAGAAAUUAUUUUAUAAUAAUAUAGGUAUAAAAUGUAAAAUUAAUAUUUCAAAUAUGCAUUUAUAUAGUAUAUAAAAUUUUUGCAUGAAUAUUGUUUACCUUUUGUUGAGCAUGAUAAGUUAUCUAAUCUUAAAUAAAUUAACCUAUGUUAGAAA